UGGCAAGUAGGGCGCCCAGGGGGUAGCUGACUGCUACCUCGGCUACGGCAUCGACGGACGUGUAGGUGAGCGAGCAGAGCUCCGGAUCUAUGCCAUCAUUGACACUUAGACCCGGUGAUGCCAUGGAGACCUGUCUCUGUCCACGUAUGGCACCCUGUCCGCGCAUUCAUUGCCUAUAUACUCCACUCCUUGAGGCUGCUACCAAUGACACUGAUUGUCGUUCCAUUUGGGGUGCUAUCUCAAAAGUACCAGCUGGUCCACAAAGCUAAGAAGUGUUCAUGCUGCACACUUUCAAAACACAGGUGCUUGCCCUUUUAUGGGAAUGUUCUUCCUCGGCCACCAAUUGGCUACCAUAAUGGCAGUGUAAGAGACAUUUCUGACACCAAUUACGACAUUUCCAUUUUACGUUGCCAAGGGAUGACAGUACUUGAACCAGCUGCACUAUUUUGUAACAAGUUAUUCUGUACUACUUGCAGCAAACUAUUUUGCAGUAUUUUCCUGCAUGGUUGUAAUCUAUUACAAGGUGUUUCAUCGAAUGAGGGACAUGAUUUUGCAGUUGUCUACAGCUAGCGACUCUCAGUCAUUAUAUCUAACCCGCAUUUUUGACAGAAAAAUCUCCGUUUUUUUCAAGCCGCUCAAGCUAUGAUUAUUGAACACCAGAAAGAUGCCAAGUACAGAGUAUUUCUCUUCUUCUGUAUUUACAUCAUAACAGGAACUACCCGUCUGUUGUAAAUACACAAAAACUGGUGUUUUAAAUACGUUUACUGCAGCAUUUGUGAGUGGAAUAGCCAACAUACGUAUUGUAAUACAUCCUGGAAAUCCAAGUUC